AUGAUAAAUUGAUGGAUGAAAAUGCCAGUGAAGAGCAUACUUGGUAUAUUGGCCACUGCCGUCUUUUUCGCCUUGGGAGCCUAUUACCAGCACAUUGAUGUACUGCGAAAGAUUAAGAAAUUGGAGCAACGAAAUCCACAUGCUUACUUUAUUAGAAGGAAACUUUACGGAUUGUUGGGUAUCUUUACUGUAAGAGCUGAUAGCUCAGAUAUAGACAUGGAUUCCGAUGACUGUCACAAGUUAGGCGGAAUCAUGAAGUACGGCUUUCCCAGCACAAAUGAUAUCAGUCUAAAUGAGACCUUUGACUUUGUGACCUCCUUUGAUCGACGAAACUCCGCUGUUCAGUGGAUGUGUGAACGCGUGGAUCUAUCGAAUCGCGUUGUCUAUGGGGAUUCCUCAUCUGUGACGCCAGCUGGUGCUUUUAGUCAUUCUGAGGCAUCUCGUGUAUUCUUCCUUUCCAAUAUCAAACCUUUUCUUAACAGAGGCUUCAAUUUUACGGUUUGGGAUAGAUUGCUGCAGUACGUCAACGAUAUGAGUAGAAAACAUGGAACCGUCUUUGUUUAUACCGGAUCCAUUUAUUUGCCCCGCGAAGUUAAGACGAAUAAUUGGUUUGUGGAGUUCCAAUCGGAAGAGAGAACCAUGGUGGCGGUACCGACUCAUUUUUUUAAGGUUUUAGUCAUCGAUCCAAAGACUGAGAGGGAUUGCAUACCAUACGCCGAGGCCUAUGUGAUGCCUAACACUCCGCUGAACAAUAAUAUCGAACUGAAGACCCUUCUCAGUGAUAUCCGGGAUAUAGAAAAUGCCACUGGAUUAAGGUUUUUCGAAGGCCUGGACCGUAACUUUGUCAACAACCAAGUAACCAAUCCAGUAACCAACCCAGUAAUUGGUCCUCUAACAAAUUCUGUAAAUAAUCCUAUAAAAAGUAAUAUUGCCAAUGCUAAGUAAUACGGCUAAAUUCCAUGUCAGUUUCUAGUUUUUACUUAGUAAUACAAAUUAAAUAAAAGUCUGUAUGUUUAAAUUA